AGACCAGCGUCAGAAAUCGGGGCAAACCGCCAAACCAGAACGUAAACGCAAAGAGGAGGGAAAGAAGCGGAAAUGUACACGAAAGGCUGUGAGCGUGCAAAAUGAAAGUGAAGAGUCUGUGGAUGAAUACUGGAAUAAAGUUGGUGCUAAGCCCAAGUCGGCCACUCCAUCACAUGAUGCAGAACAUGAGAAACAGAAACAAAAAGUCAAAGCCAUCUGCAAACCAGUCCCUGUUAAGAGAAGCGCACAUGAGUUUAAUGAAAUGGAGACUUGGGAUUCAUCCUGUUUGCAUGGAUUUCAAGUCAAUGUGCAGCCAGAAAGCUGACGUUAAGUGCACUUCUGCUUUGCUUCCAGGUCUCGAGAUAAAAACCAGCAUCAACUCAUUUGGAUUUGAGGUACCAAGAUCUUCUUUGACAGAAUUUUGGCUGGACAGCAAAUUAAAUUCAUCAGCUACAGAAACGACAGAACAACUUGCAAUGUCUAUUGAAGGCCCUUCCAACUCUUCAGGCAUAAAUGAAACACAGCACGAUUCACAUGAAGAGCAGAAGUCUGUUUUAAUAUCAUUGUACUCUAUUGUGUUUGUGGGAGGGGUUAUUGGAGCCAGUGCUAUGCUAUAUCGGAUACUGAAGAAUGACAAGAAUUCAAAGUCAUUUAUCAUUAUCAAUCUCUCAGUAGCACAUGUGAUUUUUCUUAUAACUGUGCCAUUUCGCAUUUCUUACUAUAUAAUUAAACAAUGGAAGUUUGGGUUAGUUUUCUGUAAGCUGGUCAGUGCUGUUAUACACAUUCACAUAUACUUAACCUUUGUACUUUAUGUGAUCAUCAUCAUCACAAGAUUUCGUAAUGUCUUUCAAAAGAGGGAGAAUCUAAAGACUCGCAGACCGUGGAUUGCUUUAGUGCUUAGUGUAGUCCUUUGGGUUGUGGCAACUGUGAUUAUUUUUCCAAUAUUUCUAAUUAAUUAUGGUGUUAAGCAGAGAUAUAAUGAAAGUCAGUGUUUUCACUUUGAGGCUGAAAUUUCAUCUAAACCUGUAAGGAUAGUCAACUACAUUUUAAUCUGUACAACAAUAUGUACAGUUACUAUUAUGCUUAUCUGGCAGAUAAGUAUAAUGUUAAAUCUGGCCAUCAAGCAUGGCUCACAAACACAUGCCCAUCAAGUCUUUCGGGCUCAACUAAAGUCAUUAACAUUUAUAUUGAUAAUGUUUGUGUUUUUUGUUCCAUAUCUUGGAUUCAGGAUAUAUUACAUCAAAAGAUUUGAGGACAAUUCAUCAAUUAUGCAUUUAAUUAAUGAAAUAGGCUUAUCCAUAACAGGCAUGAGUUGUUUUGAUUUGUUAAUUUUUUGGAUAUGGUAUUCCCUUUAAAAAUUUAGCAAGCAAUGAGCUACUCACCUGUGAAGAUUGUAAAUGAUGUAUUUAUUUGGACUGUUUCUUUUGGGGAUUUCCCAUAUUUUCACAUAAAAUAAAAACCUUUUAAAAGUUAAUAUUAGAAACAUACAUCUACUCACUGCCUUGCUGUUUCCAUUAUUUAUGGCCCCUCGUUGGGUUCUAACAGUAAAUUGCUAUUUAACGUAUAAAUGUGGGAUCAUGGACAGUUGAGAAUUUAAAAAAACAAAAUGAAGUCCAUUAUCAUUCCAAUUCCCUAGAACAGAACUUUUAUCAAAGGUUAAACACAUCUUGUUUGACUCACUUAGUUGUUACUGAUGUAAUUUUUAAUAUUGUCACCUGUUCCAUCCUCUGUUGAAAAAGUUUGAUUUGAUUUAGUGAUAGAAGGGCUCAUACAUGUAUUUCUACAUUCUUGCUGAAUUAUGGAAAACCAUCCUACCUGAAGCCGGAUGCAUUUGGCAUUCUCAAGGAAGCAUAUAUAAUAAUAGAUAUAUGAUGCAAACUCUCAACUUUGUACAGUAUUAAUUUACUUUUGUAACUUCUAUAAUUAUUCCAAGUAAUAUAUUCGUUUCAAAUAAAAAGCAUUUCCACUGA